AAUGCCGAAAUUUGUUGUGCAUAUUUACAUUUUAUAUGUCAAGUUAAUUUGACUGAAAAACCCUCCUCUCUUCCUUCUGACUUCUAUAUUUUCUUGAUCAAUUGGGGAGAGAUAUUUACAAAAAAGAGAGGGUGCCAACGACAGCCGUGCAGCCUUAGCGAGCAGGCUGCCAUGCGGGAUUGAUACCGGGAAGUAUGUUUGGGCUGGAGCAGUUUGGGUCUCAUAUUGAUAGCAGAAACUCCGGCCAAGGAGAGAGAAACUUAAACCAGCCAAGAAUGAACAUGAAUUCCCACUUCAAAAGCCCAGGUUUUCAUGCUGGAGGGCCACCCGUAGCUGUAGAGCCAGGUAUGGGUUCCCUGAAUGAGUCUCCAAUGCUGGGGCUCAAUAUGAACACAAAUGGGGAACAGUAUAAUUUCCAUCAGAGAGGCCAAUCUGAUAUGCACGCAGGGGGACUUCAGCAGCAGCAGCCCCAGAUGCAUGGAUUUUUCAACAACCAGCAACCUCACCACAGCCACCCUCAUGGUCACCACCCUCACCCCCACCAGCACCAUCCCCACUUUGGAGGAACUUUCGGGGGCCCAGACCCAGCUGCAUCCUGCCUGCACGGGGGCCGGAUCGUGGGCUACAACGGUGGCAGCAUGGGGCCCCAGCAGGGAUUUGCAGAGGGUUUUGAUCCACUUGCAGAAGGCCAGGCAGGGGAGGGCUUCACACAGCAGCAGCAGCAGCCUGGCACCAUGUCUGAUUUUCAGCACCACGGCCCCCCCAGCGGCAACCCCGCAGUGCCUGCCCCCUGCCUUCCCCUGGAUCAAUCUCCUAACCGAGCUGCCUCCUUCCACGGCCUCCCCACCCCCUCUUCCGAAACCCAUAGCAUGGAGCCCCGCAGGCUGCCCCCGCAGGGCAGGGUGGAGGCGCUCGAGUACGGUUACCCUAUCGAGCCGCCCUCGGGGCACUUCGACGUGCCCAUGUUCUCCCCCUCUGAAUCAGACUCUCAGCUCCCCCACUAUGGGCCGGGACGGCAAGUGGUUGGCGGCAGCUUCCCCGGCAACCCUGGAAUUUCCCGAGGGGCAGGCAUGCCGGGCAUCUCCAAAGCGCAGCCGCAGCAUGCCGCGUACUUUGAAAGGUUAGGGGGUGGGAGGAAGAGGUCCGUGGGUAUGGAGCCAGGGGCGGGUGCCAGGCAUCCCCUCAUGCAGCAGCAGCAGGCAGACAUGCUGGCCAGACAGAACUCCUGCCCCCCAAGCCUGCCUCGGCCACCCCACUCCGAAUCUGGCACCGGCAACCCCAGCAUGCAGGUUGGUGGAGUUAUGCUGCCUAACCAGCACAACCAGUUUGAGUACCCCGUCCACAGACUGGAGAGCCGCAAUAUGAAUCCCUAUGGGGAUCACAUGUUCAAUAUGCAACAGCAGCCUCCCCAGCAACCCCCCAAUCAAAGACUGCAACACUUUGACUCUCCCUAUAUGAAUGUGGCAAAAAGGCCAAGAUUUGACUUUCCUAACAACCACAGCGGGGAGAACUGUGGUACCUGGAACAGCGGCUUGCACAACCCGCCAGGUGUGGAGAAUCACCUCUCCCCCUCUGCCUACCCUGGCCUUCCAGGGGAGUUCACCCCUCCUGUCAUGGAUGGGUUCCCACCUGGCCCCCCUUUGCAGCAUGCUGGCCCUGAGCACCAGUCGCUGCAGCAACGCCAGAACGCGGCUAUGAUGAUCAAGCAAAUGGCUUCCAGAAACCAGCAGCAAAGAAUGAGACAGCCUAAUCUGCAGCAGUUGGGUCACCAUGGGGACGUCCCUCAAAACAGCAUGGUGCACGGGGGCCAGGGGGGAAAUAUGCCGCAGCCUCACUUUGAAAGGGACAACGGAGGGAGGAUGGGGAACUUCGAUGCCCACAACCCCCACAUACCUCAGGAGAACUGGUUUCCUGGACCGCACCAGCCGGGGGAGAUGCUCUCACGCAGGAUGGGUGGCUCCUCCGUUUCUGGGGAGGCCAGCCCUCAUGACAUGGGGCUUCAGAAUAGCUCCGGCAUGCUGUUCAGACCCGGGGUCAAUGGAAUGGGCAUGCAGGAGCCCAUGAGAAUGCCCACAGAUGGACACGUACAGGCUUUGCAUUCUCCCGGCAUGCACUCACAGUUCGGAAAUAACGUGGGCAACCUUCAGCAGAUUCAGUCUCCCGGUGCGGGGGUAGUGCUUCCAAAUACACCCACGGACAGGCGGCCUGCUGAUUUCGCUGCACCCCCUAUGGGGGCUCAAUCCGGCUUUCCUUUCGGAGGGGCAAACCGACAGGGGGCACCCCACAGCAACCCCCCAGGGAUCAACACCUCACCAAGGAACUACCCCCCUCAGCAAGAGUUCCCUCCAGGCCAGCGGUCAUCAGUCAGUAAGCUGGGGGCCCUCUCCCUGGGGAACUUCAGCAAAACAAAUGCAAAGGACAACGUGUUUGGUCAGAGUUGCCUAGCAGCCCUCUCCACUGCCUGUCAGAAUAUGAUCGCCAGCCUGGGGGCCCCAAACCUCAAUGUAACUUUCAAUAAGAAGAGCCAGAACGAGGGCAAACGAAAACCGAGUCAAACAGAGCAGGACAUAAAUAGCAGCACUGCGAGCGGGACUGGCAGCGCUGGGCCUGAGUAUUUCCAGAGCAAUGCUUCUCAGAAUGGCCAGAUGCCUGGCGCUGGGAAUAGCAACAAUAAGCUUGCAGGUCAAAGUGGCACAAGCCAGACUGUGCAGGGGGAAGCCAGCGCCCUCUCCCCAAACUACAACAUGGACGCUACCCCGGGGGGCGAGGGGAAAGCAGCAACAGGGAGCGGGAGAGGGAGGGGGAGGAGAAAAAGGGACAGUGGGCAUGUGAGUCCAGGGAUUUUUUUUUCCUCUGACGGCGGUCACCCUGUUGUGAGUCCGACCCAGCAAGGCCCCCCGGCAGGCCUUGGGGAGAGGGGUGGGGGUACGCCCCAUGAGAAGCCUCUCACGCCCUCUUCUUGGGGUAAGGGGGGUGAACUGCUGCUUGGGGAUCAGCCGGACCUCAUGUCCUCGCUGGACAGCGGCAUCCAGAGCGUUGCCAAGUCUGACGCCAGCUCUCCGCAUGUAGACUUCCCGGAUGACGUCAGCACCACCUACGGCAAUGAUGACGAGGUGUCCUCCAGCUCAGACAACAAUGCCAGCGCCACCGGUUCAAAGCCCAUCCGCAGCCCCCUGGUCACCAGCUCCCCAAAGCUGCAGAGGGGUGACCACGGGCUAUUGAAUGGGCAGAAGCAGCUGGGCAUUGGCUUUACAAACCACUCUACCUCUACGCCCGACAGCUAUGGACUCAGCAGCAGUAGUGGUGGCGGCGGUGGAGUUGGUCAUCCUGGCACACCUGGCAUGGAGCAGGUACGCACGCCCUCCAGCACCUCUGGGCAGGACGAGAUACAUCCCCUGGAGAUCCUCCAGGCUCAGAUCCAGCUGCAGAGACAGCAGUUCAGCAUCUCCGAGGACCAGCCACUGGGCAUGAAGAAUGGCAAGAAGGCAGACUGCCCGGGACAGAAUGGAGACAGUGAGCUGGCACACUGUAGCCCGGACACCGGGAAAGGCUCCAUGAGCACUAUUGACCUUGACACUCUCAUGGCAGAGCAACAUGCCACAUGGUAUGUGCCCAGCGACAAGGCCCUAAUGGAGGGGCCGGAGGAUGACAAGUCUUUGGCACUCUGGGAAAAGACAAAGGUCCAGAGCAGCAACAAAGAAGCUGCUGAACUGUCCCAAGGCAAGGGUGGGGUCGGGGCGGGUCCGACGGGCCCCGGCGGGAGCCACCUGCAGUGUCUGUCAGUCCACUGCACCGACGAGCUGGGGGACAGCAAGCCGCGUGGGGGUGCCGUCCCGUCCUGGCGCUCUCUCCACUCGGACAUCUCCAACCGCUUCGGCACCUUUGUGGCCGCCCUCACCUGAACGCUAGCAUGGAAUUAACAAAGACGGGGAUGAAGAUGAAGAAGUUGAGAGUGACGAUGAUGGUGAGGGUGAGGGUGAUGAUGAUGGUCGGGGACAGUGAGGGGUGGCACGUCCACCUCUGUAUGUUGUAGAUUGGGGGCCACAAGCCCAGCAGUGACGCCCAUGCCUAGAGACCUCAGCCUGAUCCUUUUUUUUUUAAAUAAAAUCAACAAAAUAAUAAAAAAUAAUAAUAAUUUGAAGGCCUGGGAGGGCAACAACAACAUGAACAGAAAUGGCUGUGGCAGUAUGGUACCAGUGUUGAGUAUUUUUUCUGUGCUGUUUUUUUCCCCUUUUUUGUUUGAUUUUAUCAUUUUUACUUUUUAUUUAAUUUACCAAGGCGAUUUCUAUUAAUGUUAUUAUCAUUGUUGUAUUCAUUAUAUUUCCUCUGUGUUGCAUGACAGGAAUGGAAUGGCAUUGAUAUUAAUGGUGUUGUUGUAUGGGGGGCUUCUCCUCAGCAAACCUAUGUCGAUGUUCUGAUGUCUGGUUCGCUUCUCACACAUUGAGUCUAGCAAGCCCAAUAGCUGCAGGCUUGGAGCUGGAUGCUCACAAUAUGGCCCCUCCUCCACAUAGACCCCACCCAGUUGGAGGUUGGAGGAAGCAGGGGGGUUAUUUCUUCAUUAUACCCCCCAAUCAUAUAUA